GGCUGUCGCCGGCUCGGAGCUGCGGCUUCCCCGGGCCGAGCCCCCGAUGGAGGCCGAGGCCGCGGAUGGCCCCCCGGGCGGGGUCGAGGCGGCGCUCAGCUGCUUCUCUUUCAACCAGGACUGCACAUCCCUAGCAAUUGGAACCAAAGCCGGUUAUAAGCUGUUUUCUUUGAGUUCUGUGGAGCAACUGGACCAAGUCCAUGGAAGCAACGAAAUCCCGGAUGUCUACAUCGUGGAGCGCCUCUUCUCCAGCAGCCUGGUCGUGGUGGUCAGUCACACAAAGCCGCGGCAGAUGAACGUCUAUCACUUCAAGAAAGGCACGGAGAUCUGUAAUUACAACUAUUCCAGCAACAUCUUGUCCAUAAGGCUGAACCGGCAGAGGCUGCUGGUGUGCCUGGAGGAGGCCAUCUACAUCCACAACAUCAAAGACAUGAAGCUCCUGAAGACCAUCCUGGAUAUUCCUGCCAACCCAGCAGGUCUCUGUGCCCUCUCUAUCAACCAUUCCAAUUCUUACGUGGCCUAUCCUGGAAGCCUGACCACGGGCGAGAUUGUGCUUUACGACGGACACUCCCUGAAAACGGUCUGCACGAUUGCUGCCCACGAGGGGACGCUGGCCGCCAUCACCUUCAAUGCCUCGGGCUCCAAACUAGCGAGCGCAUCUGAAAAAGGCACCGUCAUCCGGGUGUUCUCUGUACCCGACGGGCGAAAGCUCUACGAGUUUCGGAGAGGAAUGAAAAGGUACGUGACAAUCAGCUCCCUAGUUUUUAGUAUGGACUCGCAGUUCCUCUGCGCCUCAAGCAACACCGAGACCGUGCACAUCUUCAAGCUGGAGCACCUCACCAACAGCCGACCCGAGGAGCCCUCCACCUGGGCUGGCUACAUGGGAAAGAUGUUCAUGGCCGCUUCCAACUACCUCCCCGCCCAGGUGUCCGACAUGAUGAACCAGGACAGGGCCUUUGCCACCGGGCGCUUGCACUUCUCUGGGCAGAGGAACAUCUGCACCCUCUCCACGAUCCAGAAACUGCCAAGACUCCUGGUCGCGUCUUCCGAUGGACACCUUUACAUCUACAAUUUGGACCCUCAGGACGGAGGAGAAUGUGUCUUAAUCAAGACCCACAGCUUGCUUAGCUCAGGAACAACGGAAGAAAACAAAGAAAAUGACCUCAGACCUCCAUUACCUCAGUCUUAUGCAGCGACCGUGGCCAGACCAAGCACGUCUUCUGCCUCUACCGUGCCAGGUUAUUCUGAGGACGGCGGGGCCCUCCGAGGAGAGGUUAUUCCUGAACAUGAGUUUGCGACGGGACCAGUAUGCCUUGACGACGAGAAUGAAUUUCCCCCUGCUCCUAAGGAUGUUCUUGUGGAAUCCUGCCACCUUUUUGCUAACGACGAUGCUCUAGCGGGGCUGGGCCGCUGCUCUCUGCAAGCCAGCCGGACCCUCACCCUCCUCCGGCUCUGGUGAGGCGGACCCCAGGCUGCCAGCAGCCGUGCGGAGGGUGGGAGCCCCCGGGGGAGAGCUCCCCUGCGUUUCCCUGCACCCUGCUUCAGCUGUUCCGGCAGCGAGAGCCCUCAGGGCUGGCUGGGUGCAGAGCUUGGCUUUUUCUAGCGUCCCUGUCCGGAGCGAGAGGAUUCUCUCCCUGGGUGGCCGCCAGGGUCUUAGCUUCUGAGGCCUCAAGCUUCCACUGAGAGCAACGCACGGAGCGCGCUCGUGAGCUGCGGUUAGCGAAUGGCACAGAGGGCGAACCUGAACUCCUUUAGAGAUGGGAGCGGUGCGCGGGCCAGGACUUAAGAGAGUCAACUGAGUGACCCCCGCUGGGGCCAGAGAGCAGCAGCCACUUGGGCUUUGCCUCAGAGCCCGUUGGGUCUUAGUAUAGAAUGUUUGCUCCUGAUCCUUUCGUGUCCGUGGAAGUUCCAUCUGCAAAAGGAUGGGGUGCAAGUCUAGCUUCUUUCUUAUAUAAACCUUGGGACAAUCUGAUAAGCCCAGUCAGCUUAAAAAAAAAAAAAAAAAAAAAAAAAAAAGACUGUUUUGGGUCCCUCUUUGCAUCAUUAGAGGGCUGGCUUUGUGCUUUCCCAUAAAGGCUUUACAGAUUGCAGCUUGAAGUCUACGUUCCGGGCUUUGAAUCGGCAGAUUGCCAAACACAGUGCCAACAAGUAGUUUAUAUGUGAAGCGUGGAGAGCGGUGGUUCUUAAAAAUACCAAUUCUAAGGAUAAAAACAACUGUUGGCUUGCUGCCUCCUGAUAAACCAGUGGUUUGCCUUUGGGUUCUCAUGCCCGAACUAGCCAUAAAGGGAGUUCUUCUGCCUCGCCCCCCCCGCCAAAGCUGGUGGUCAUUUCCCUGCAGCUGUAUCUUCUAGGAACCAGAAUAGAUCAGAUGCCGUAGGGAUAGAUGUGUCCCACGUGUCCAGGUUUGGAGCAUUCCCUCAUUAGGUUCCAUUUCAGUGGUUUUGGUGAAAGUCUGUGACUGCUAGAAAAGAUUAUUACUUAGUAAUCAAAGUGAACCCUACAAGCUCUGUACUUACCGAACUGGGGUACUGCAGAUCUUGGCAUGGAGGAGAUGGGCCCCUGCCAAAGAAAGCCUGCAUAAGAUAAUAGGUACACUGUGCAGAGCAUUUGCCUCGAGCUUUAAAAAAAAAAAAAAAAAAGAGAGAGAUGCUUAAAAACGAGUGCUAGAACCUAUCAAGAGGCCUGUUCACCUAAACACUGCCAGGAAGCUGGCUAUGAGCCAGCUGUCCCGUCUCCCUCUUAAGGAUCAGAUGAGUGAAACCUGGUUUAAAUUGCAUCCGGGAUUUUUAUUUAUACUCGAGGAAGGCUUCCUGCCAGCGAGACCACUGAUCACUGAAUGAGGCCCCUGUUAGACCCUAGAGCUGGUGGUAGGGGUCAAGAAGCCCAUCAGACCCCAGGCCUGCCCUCCAGCCUAGAGGCAGACGGGGAGGAGAGGGCCAUGCUUCCGCGAGCUCCUGACAUCGUAGCAGACGGCCUUCUCCACCUCACCGCACCGCACGGGGACCAGGGGCGUGAGUGCCACUGGGAUGUCCUCUUGACACGGACCACCUCACGCCCUCAUUGGCAACGAUGUCCAACUGGAGAGGAGAUCCUGGGCGACUCCCCUCUCUGCCUUUAUUCUGUAUCUUGUCCAGAAUUCACAUCUCUACCCACGUCCCUUAAAAACUUCCAGGAUUGUGAAAGGAUCUUGGUGUCUCCGUUUGGUUAAAAUCACUUCUCUUUCAGUUAACUAAGAACAUGGGCUUGCCCAGAUAAUCUCGUGCGGCCCUCCCCGGGCCUUUGCCUUCGGAACACAGGUCAUCUCGAGUGGGUCUUUUUUGUUUUCUAAGUAUACUCGCACUUCCCUGGAUACGAUCGCUCUUAUCUCCUUGGGACUUACUUUGCUCCAUAAACAACGAAAGGAAAGAGAAUUGAUCGUUUCUGGUCCCUUAGAAAGACGCUGUAUUCAGGAAGAUAAGCAGCUUUUGUCUCAGCAAUACACCAACCUUUACAAGUCUGCAUAUUUUCCGACACUAGUCUGCUCUUGUGAGCAAGAGUAAGCAAAUUGGGACCAAGGGUAUUUACCGACUUUAGUAGUGACUUAACAGUCUGUGUUUACAAGUAAGAUGAGCCUUUUAAAAAAACAUGCAAUACCCGUAUAAACAUACACACACGUAUUUUAGACGUAGUCAGUUUUUUUUUGAAACCGUGCCAUACUCGUCUAUACCGAAGUAAGAUGGGUGGAUUUUCUGUGGCCGUGAGUGAGGGUCAGUCCGUGGAUCCGCAGUGCCCAUCCUCCCCCUGCUGACCCCGCGUGGGCACAGACCUGUUGAUAACCCAGCCUGCCUACCAGUCCCUUCCCGGAAAGAGUUAAGGCCGUUCUGUUUUGAUUUUGGUAGAUAAUCUUGUGCCGUGGAAGUCAGAAGGGCAAAACGAAGCAGUCAUGAUGAGAAGCGCACCUCAGAAAGCAGGACACCCCCUGUCAGGUGGUUGUGGAGAAAACAAGGAAGGUGGAAGAAUGGAGUACAAUUGUGUGCGCAGAAAGGGGGGCAGGAAUCCCAGGUGCCGCCUGCUUAAGCCACGGGACGCGGUCCACUGCUCACCAAACCCUCCUCCGCCCCGGUUGCCAGCAGGCAUGGGAGAGACUAUAUGAAAUAUGUUACAGCCAUCGCGUCGAUGCUCACUAACCACGUUGGUCUAUAGCCGGAACUCUAUAUGAACAAGGGCAUCCUUUUGAAAUGUAUGCCAUGUAAAAAUGUACGUAUAGGAAAACCUCUUUGAAUUGUAUUUCUUGUAUAUGACAUAUAGAGAGACUGCUUUUAGCCAGGCAAAGUAUUUUUGCAGUGAUUGGAAUGAAUCAUUUAUUACCUUGGAGUCCCAUUUAGGACACUUAUAAUAAAGUCAUGGCAAUGUG